AACUGUUUCCCCACUUUCAAUAUGGUUUCGGAUAAGGAACAAGGAGAAAAUAAUAUGCAUUCUGUUAACUCGAGGCAGGUUGAGAAGGUAUCAGAUUUUGAAGAACUGAGGUUGGAUGACAUGGAAUCUUCAAGGUUUAGCAGCUUUAUGGGUCAAGGUUUAACAGAUAUUGAAAAUUCUAUUAGCUUUGAUUGGGCUUCAAUGUUACCAAAUAUGGAAAAUAGGCCACAGCUCACCCCCACUGUUUGCGUUUGGUGUGCGCUGGUAUUCAACAUCGAUGUUACGGACUCAGCAACUGAGUAUAAUUCUGUUGGUUAUAUGUGUCCUUCCUGCAAGGCAAAGAUUUCUGGGCAUCUAUAAUGACUUGCCCAGAAAACAAGGAGUUUAGGACACUUUUGUCCUCUAUCUUUAUAGGUAACUCUGUUGGUGCUGUUACUUGAUUUAGGGUGUUUCAGUGUAAAUUUCCUUCAGCAGUUAAAUGAAUUGUUGCCCAUUGGUAGUGUUGCUAUUUUACUAUGGUGUACAAGUAGUUAUAGUUGUAGUUGAUUGUGUCUUUUGUAGCAUUAUAUCAAGGCAAGUUGUUGUAUUUUGGGAGUUUCUUCUUUGAACAGAACUCGCCUUAUAGAGAAAUAUCCAGUCUGGAUCAUUAGAAACAGCAGUAUACUCGUAUAUUAAGUACUAUAUUAUAUGAUUAUCUCUGUAUAUACAUCAUA